AUGACCAACAGCGUCCCACCUCCCUCUGGUGUUUACGUCCCCGCAGUCCUGUUUUUCGACGAGAAUGAGGAACUGGACAUUCCUCCUAUCAAGUCGCACGUUCUACGACUUGCUCAGGGUGGGGUAACGGGGAUCCUCGUUCAGGGAAGCAACGGCGAGGCACAGCACCUGUCUCAUGAUGAAAGAAAGGAGACGAUCCGGGUUACUAGGCAGACUCUUGAUGAGAACGGUUUCUCGCAAGUCGUCAUUAUUGCUGGGACCGGGGGUCAAUCUACGCGCGAGACGAAGAAAUUAUGCAAGGAUGCUGCUGAGGCAGGCGCUGCUUUCUGUCUCGUUCUGACGCCUGGGUUAUGGCCUCCCCAGAUGACGCCAGAGAGAAUUCUGCAAUUCCAUCGGGAGGUUGCUGAUGCGUCUCCAAUCCCGACCAUGGUGUACAACUUUCCAGUUGUCACCGCCGGCCUCAACCUGGACUCUGACAUCAUUGGCGCUCUCGCACAGCAUCCCAACAUCGUCGGUACAAAGCUCUCCUGUGGCAUGAUCGGCAAAUUACAGCGUCUGACGUCCUCCGUUCCCGCCUCGAAAUUCGCCACCUUCCCCGGAGUAUCCGACGUCUUCCUACCCGGCCUCGUCUGCGGCAGCGCAGGGCUCAUUGGCGCCCUUCCCAACAUCGCGCCAAAAGCUCAUACAGAACUGUACCGCCUGUAUAAGGCGGGGAAGCUGGAGGAGGCGCAGAAGAUCCAGGCGCUGCUGAGCAACGCCGACUGGGAGCUUGGGAAGCUGGGCAGCAUUGGGGGUAUCAAGGCGAUGGUUGCGAAGCAUUUCGGGUAUGGGAAUACGCUUGUUCGCGGUCCGCUUGCUAGUGCGGACGUGCAGAAUACGAGCAUCGGCAAGCUGGAGGAGUUGAUCGCAUUCGAGAAGUCACUGUAA